AAUUUUUAUUCUCCAUCAUUUACAACUUUCUCACCGGAUCUAGAAAAACUACCAGGAUCUAGUUGACCUCUCUUGUUGUCGGUCAAAGAACUUCAAGAGUCAUGGAUUGGGGAAUGGAACUUGAAGUUACAACAAAAAAGGUCUUUCAUUGAUUUUCAGCUAAUCCCGCGACUCGGUCGCAGAGCUGGACACUCGAGUACGCAGGAUGACUUCAAGUCAGAUGAUGACCUUCUGGACAGUCCAAUGUCGCCGUUGUCGGAGCAAUCGGCGAGGACAAUGGCUGGGGGACAUCAACCUGUCGCACCGCCUCGUUCACGAAAGACCGGCUGGGCAGAUGAGCUAAAAAGUGGCGGGAAAUCGAAGAGCACCAUAAACAUAAUUGAACAAUUAUUCCUUAGGGAGCGGUUCAGAGGAGUUGAUAAAGACGAACCGGAGGAUGAAAUACCGGUCAUACCUGACCUAGAUGAAAUUCAGGAGGACAAUUUUAUGAGCGAAGUCGCAAGCUCUCACUUAGUCUGCGCAAACCGCGUUGAAGCUUACAAAGAGCUCGAUACAGAUCUUUACAAAAGUACAGCUCUCUCAUCGCUGGACGACGUAAACUUGUCGCUGCUAACGGAAAAAUUAUAUCCCGAUAAACUAGUACGUGAACCCGACGAAGUCUGGAACUGGGAUUUACUGUUCACCCAAAUUGCCUCUGAGAUAAACAGCGAGAAAGACAACAACAUUGAUACCGAACGAAAAACUUCUUGAACAGUACCAUUAUAUAUUAGAUAUCGAGGGAUCCAAGCUGCCAGUCGCUUGUACACACUCUUGCAAUAAAAUUAUUUUCGUAUUA